AUGUCCAGCGCUGGACUCAAGACCAAGACCAAGCGGGUCUCCGCUCGGUCACCCUUCGAGAACACCACUGCUCAAAUUCACGCGGACGAGGACAUUGAGAUGGAUGAUGAGACGAGCUCGGACGAGGAGAGUGUUCCUGAGAAGGGCGAGGAUGAGCUGAAGCUCGAGCGUAUGCUCUUUGGAGAUGAUGAGGGUUUCAUGGGCGCAUUGAAGGCUCAGCAGGAGCGGGAGGGUGGCAUGCAGCUCACUUUGCACAGCGAUGCGGAGAGCGCGAGCGGUGAUGAAGAGGCGGAUGAUGAAAAUGAUUUGAACAAUAUGGCUGACGCCGAUCUCUUCUUCCUCGACUCCGGCGAUGUGCAAACCACCGAUCUCAUUGAAUCCCCCGAGACUCCCUCCGACGAGGAAGAUGAAGAGGAAUCUGCUCCCGCAGUUUGGCACGACAGUGACGACGAGCGCAUCGCGGUCUCUCUGGUUAGCCAGUCUAAGCUGCGCAAACUGCGCAACACCGAAUCCGAAGAUAUCAUCAGUGGCACGGAGUACAUUCGACGAUUGCGCCGGCAAUUCCAGCGCAUGAAUCCCACCCCCGAGUGGGCAGACCCCGAGCUCGCUUCCAAGCGCCGCAAGACCGAUUCAGACGACUCGGAUGUGGAUAGAGAUGAGGCGAUGGACUCUGAUGAGGAUGAGGAAUUGGCCGCGCAGCCGCUGGCCAAGCUCCUCCAAAAUACUACCGAGCUCACUCGCAUCGAGGACAAUACCAAGACAGGUAGCAAGCGCAAGCUGCGCCAGGAAGUGGUUGACAUUCAACGAUUGAAGGACAUCGGCAAGACGCAACCGUCCUCCAUCGACUCCCUCAUGUUCCACCCACACUACCCACUCCUCCUCUCUUCCGGCCCAGCCUCCACCCUCUUCCUGCACCACAUCUCACCCUCUGCACCCUCGCCAAACCCCCUCCUCACCUCCCUGCACAUCAAGCACACCCCCCCCCACACCUCAGCCUUCGCCCCUCCCACCGGAAACCGAAUCUUCGCCUCCGGCCGCCGCCGCUACUUCCACAUCUGGGACCUGGACACGGGCAAAGUGGACAAAGUCAACGGCCCCGCCGACCGCAAGGAAGAACAAAAGUCCAUGGAGCGCUUCAAGGUAUCCCCCUGCGGACGGUACGUCGGUCUGGUCGGUACAUCGCGCAAGGGCGGUGGUAUGAUCAACGUCCUAGACUCAGGCACCGCCCAAUGGAUCGCGCAGGUGCGGGUUGACGGACGCGGAGGUGUGGCUGAUUUCGCAUGGUGGUCGGACGGCGAGGGUAUGACCGUUGCCAGUAAGAACGGCGAGGUGUCCGAGUGGGAUGGCCGACAGCGCCGUAUUAUCGCGCGCUGGCUGGAUGCCGGUGCCGUGGGUAAUACCGUGAUUGCCCUUGGCGGACGCAGUGGUCGGGAUCACCUUGGUGGAGACCGCUGGGUGGCUAUUGGUAGCACCACUGGUAUUGUGAAUAUCUACGAUCGCCGUGAAUGGGCUGCGGCUGCAGCCGCAGGUGCAAAGAGUAAUGCCGACGACUCGACGCAGGCGGGUGUCCCGCGAAGCCCGACGCCAGCCCGUGUGUUUGACCAGCUUACCACGCCGAUUAGUCAUUUGGUGUUUGCACCGGAUGGACAGAUGAUGGUGAUGGCUAGUCGGUGGAAGCGUGAUGCGCUGAGACUUGUACACCUCCCCUCCUGCACCGUCUACCGCAACUGGCCCACCUCCAACACCCCACUUGGCCGUAUCUCGUCCGUGGCCAUCUCGCCCAAUAACGAGCAGUUGGCCGUGGCCAAUGAGCAGGGUCGUAUCCGCCUGUUCGAGAUUAGAGGGUAG